UCGCUUUCCUUUUGCUUUCCCAAGUGGUUUGUGCUUCAGACAGCUCUGGGCCUGGAACCACUGGCCGGUCGUUACUUUCCGGCGGGUGUUAUUUUCUCAGGAAACAAACAGAUUUUCUUUUUGUUCUUCUGAAAUCUAGCGAUUGUUUGUUCUUCACUGGUUUAUCGGAAAAUUCCGUCAGGAAAAAGAAAAAAAAAAAAAUCUCCUGAAAGGAAAACGAAGUCGUUUAGUGCACCACUGUGGAAGGAAGUUAUUUCUGUCAUAGGAAUGAGCAUCUAAAUCCUUCACUGAAGAAACAGAAAUUAAAAAAGAAAUAGCAAAAGAUUCGAAGUUCUAAGCGAUGGAAGAGAGAGAGGCCAUAAGUACAGGAGUAACUGUGAUAGGAGCCGAAGCUCCGUCGGCUUAUCAUGUGGCUCCGAGAACCGAUAACCCGCCGCCGGCCGGUGGUUCUCCUACCGUCGCCGCCACGCCGGUCAGCGUUGGGUUGCCUGCUAGUGGAACCACAGGGAAGAAGAAGCGAGGCAGACCUAGGAAAUACGGCCCGGAUGGAACGAUCACCAUGGCAUUGUCGCCAUUGCCGCUUUCGUCCUCAGCUCCAGGGGCCGGCGGGUUUUCCAUUACCAAGCGAGGGAAGAGCCGGUUAGGCGGCUCCGAUUUGAAGCAAAACAAGAAAAUGGGAAUGCAGUAUAUAGGCCAAUGGAAUGCAUGUAAUGUCGGUACAAACUUCAUGCCUCAUGUCAUCACGGUCAAUGCUGGCGAGGAUGUCACUAUGAAGAUCAUAUCUUUUUCUCAACAAGGUCCUCGAGCAAUCUGUGUUCUUUCUGCGAAUGGAUUAGUUUCAAAUGUCACUCUUCGGCAGCCCGAUUCUUCGGGCGGUACUUUAACAUAUGAGGGUCGUUUCGAGAUACUUUCCCUAUCUGGAUCAUUCACUCCUUCUGAAAACCAAGGAGCGAGAAGCAGGUCGGGUGGGUUGAGCGUCUCCUUGGCAAGCCCGGACGGUCGUGUUGUUGGGGGAGGGGUAGCUGGUUUACUGAUAGCUGCAAGCCCUAUACAGGUUGUGGUAGGGAGUUUUGUACCAACCAGCCAACCCGAUCCGAAAGUAAAGAAACCGAAGCCCGAGUUGUUGUUAACUGCAGCCCCUGUUGCUGCAGCGCCAAGCACGACACCAGCCACCACCGUGCCUACUUCCUCCAAUGCUGAUACAGACGACGGGUUAAACGGUAACGGUCAGCAAACUCCUGAAUCCCAAAAACCGACUACUUUCCCUCCUGCUAGUUUCGUGAGAGAGCGAGACGAUUGGGGUGCUGCCAAUACUGCUGUGCAUUCCUUGCAGGAGCCGAGAAAUACCGGUACCGACAUCAAUAUAUCGCUGCCGGACUAAUCUAUUUAGUUUCUUACCAAACAAUGACCACAGUGAUCUGAUCUGAUAUGAUCUGAUCUGAUCUAAGCUUUGUUGUUUUUACCAAAAUUACCAUUUGAGAUUUGAUAAUCACCACAGUCAAAAUUAGGGAAAGUUUUUACUAUUAACUUUCCAUUGUAAGUUUCACACAUUUUUCUUAAUCAUGAUCAAUUAGGGACUUGUCUGAUUUA